AUGAGUGGUCUCGCGGAUCCCCCAUCCUCCAGGAACACCUUUACCGGGUCUGUAAAUGCUACCAGCAAAACAAGAAAUAUCCCCGUUCUUUCAUCCUCUGUGCAUCACUCGAGAGCAAUGGAGAAAACUCCCCCUGGAUCUGCGACUGCUGGUGGUGCGCCGAUUCAAGGUUCUGAUGGCGACCGGGUCGCAAUCAGUAUCAAUGGUUCUGAGAUUGGGAAUAGCAACCCCCCAAACCUGGUUGUCGGGGCUGCUGCCGCUGCUCAACAGCCUAAAGUGGUACAAACUGCAUUCAUUCAUAAGCUAUACAACAUGUUGGAAGAUCCCGGCAUCCAACAUCUUAUAUCUUGGUCCAGUACCAACGACAGUUUUGUCAUGUCACCUACUUCCGAGUUCUCCAAAGUCUUAGCCCAAUACUUCAAACACACCAAUAUAUCCUCUUUUGUUCGGCAACUGAACAUGUACGGAUUUCACAAAGUCAGCGAUGUGUUUCACACGGGGUCCCCGGACUCUGCAUUGUGGGAGUUUAAACAUGGAAAUGGGAAUUUUAAACGAGGUGAUUUGGUCGGCCUACGAGAGAUUAAACGUCGUGCAUCCCGACAUGCUCUAAUCCACCGCGACUCCUUUCCAAGUCAUAAGGCUACUGCAUCAGCGCCAGGCACCCCUGCAGAACCGGUCCCUGAUACUGAAGCAAGACUGAUGAAUCUCGAACACUCCCUCUACGACAUGCACAAUCGCUUAGUCCGUGCCGAGGAAGGAAACUUGGCGUUAUAUUCGCGAUGUCAGAAUAUGGCUGAAGGCUUAGCCAAAUGCUAUCAUUGGACACGCUCGAUUUCUCACUUCAUGUCGGCUGUGGUACCUGACAGGGAAAGCUCUCUCUUUCGCGAUAUCUCAAACAUGCAAAGAGAGGUUGAGAAACAGCUUGAAACUUUUGUUCGCACGAUGGAGUCCUCUAACGACUCUCUCAUGCCGCCUCGUCAACCGUUUUUUGGAAACCUCUCUGAAACCGGACCACCCUUGUCUCCUCGCCAAUUACCCCAAGAUGAUAGUCGGCGUCCUUCUAUGAUUCGACCACCUGUUCCACCGCAUCUUGCCGUGUCUCCACGCCGGUAUGGUUCCAUUGGCGGUGCUAACGCUCCUCCACCUAAUUACAAUCGGCCACAAGCUCCGCCAAACGCACAACAGCAACAUCAACCUACCCCUCAUCCUCUAUCAAUCUCUACCCCUCCCGGUCCUAGUCUCGGCCGCCGCCAUACUUUUGCAGAUAUUCGCAACACCGAUUGGCCACCUUCAGCCACUUCUCCUUUCCCACCUGCAAACCCGCCCAGUGGACCCUGGCCUUCUUCUCCGAAUCGGGGGCCUGCCUCUAGUGACCAACAAGUUCGAGACGUCCUCGCUCAGUAUGAAAUGGGUGCUCCGAGACGUCUCCAAGAUCAGUCUCGCCAUGGUACCCCGCCGGCCAAUGCUGAGCCAUCCCCAUCCAUGCUUAGUGCUGACAACGGCUGGAUUCUGGGGGGCUCCAGAUUUCUUCGCCACGAAUCCUCCCUGCCAGCGACCCGUCGCUCUAGUAUGGCCAGCAAUGUUCAUUCGCUUCUCAAUCCCGCUGAUACGGCUGAGAGGCCCGACGAAGACCAGCUGAUGAGUGACGAUCGCAGCAAACGCAAAAGGCUGGAAUAA